AAAAUUCCAGACACAGUUAAACUUUCUAAAGCAAGACAUUAUAAAUCCGAGGGAAAUGACGCCUAUAAAAAUAAAAACUACAGACUGGCCAUUGGAAAAUACCACAGAGCUUUGUUGCAUCUGAAGGGAAUUGGUCAGGGCAGAGAAUCAUUAGCAGCGAUGUUCACCGGUCAGGAUGAAGAUGAAACACACCCAAUACCACAAGAGAUGAUUUUCGAAGUUGGAAAUCUUCAGUCAGAUUGUUAUAACAACUUAGCAGCCUGUCUCCUGCAGCAGGGUGAACCCAACUAUCAGAAAGUGAUUGAGUACUGUGACAGUGUACUUGCUAUCCAGACAGGCAAUGUCAAGGCAGUGUACAGAAAAGGACAAGCUUUGUACCACUUGAAAAGAUAUGAGAAAGCAUUAGAUGUCUUUAGCCAAGCCAGUGAAGAACCAUCAGUAAAGAAGUACACAACACUGUGUAAAAAAGAACUUCAAAAACAAGACAAGGAACUGAAAGCUGCUUACAGAGGCAUGUUUAGUAAAUAUUCAAAUGACUCAAAACAUCAUCAAGUAAAGACUAUGAGGCUGGUGCUGACGACAGUUAGCAGUCUACCAACGGAGCCAUUCAAUCGAGUGUGCCAUGCUUCUUGUUUUGUGGAUCAUUAAUCCAUCAUCAUAUCAUGGAUCAUCGCAUAGAUCAUCAUGUCCGAAACAUUCAGUCAAACAGUGCCAUUCUUGACAGUUUCAAGUAUUAUACUACUCAAACAAUGUUCGUAUACACAGUUAUUUCAUACUACUGUGGUUAAUCUGUCAUGUCUGUCCUAGUUACAUGAAAGAAUCUGGUGUUCUUUCACUUGAUUUCAGUAGUAUAUGUUAAUAACAGGUUCAGUAUAAGCUACAAAUGUCCCUUAGAUGUUGUAUUUUGGUUGGAUGCUCCCCUCAUUCACCUUUGCAGGAACAGACAUCGAGUUUCACCACUGUCGCAGCUUCAGUUGAUGUACAGAUUUGGAACCGACCCGUAAAGGUCCGGGUUAGAAUGAGCUUACAGUAACCCAUGCUUGUCGUAAGAGGCAACUAACAGGAUCGGGUGGUCAGGCUUGCUGGCUUGGUUGACACGUCAUC